UCAUUUUGCGCAAUUACUACGAGUUAGUUUACUUUAAUUGUAUAAUUUCUAAUUAUGAACCUUAAUGGUGCACUAUAUAUAUUAAUUGCAAAGUAAAAUCAAAGUUGUUAUAAUUCUGUUGUUUGUAAAUACUAUAAAAAUAUUUUAUAAUUAAUCGUCUAUUACUGUAAACAAAAACGUAUAAAAAAAUUCCAAGAAUUUUUUAAUAUAAAUUAUUAGACCAUGGAAACAGAAACUUGUCUAUUUUUGGGAAUAAAAGUGAAACCUGGGCCAUUAGAACGCUAUAAGGUUGAGAAUUUUGGCCUUGACAAUACUGUGGUUCAUUUAAAAACCGAAGCAGAAAAGAAAGUUAAUAUACCGUCUACAUCGCUUGAAUUAAUACAUCAUGGAAAAAUACUUAAAGAUGAUGCUACUCUUCAAGAUAGUGGUGUAAAAAAUGGGGAAAUGAUUCAUGUUCUAAAAAAGAAGGCUCCUGUAGUCUUACCUUCCCCUCCAACAUAUUCAGAUAUUGAACUACAACAACUGAAUACAUCUUUGAGAACUUUGGGAUGCACCCCCAAUGCACCAGGUUGGACUUUAGCUAUGCAGUUGGUAAAUGAUGAGGCUUCUAUGAGGGAAAUUAUGGCGCAUGCACCAUCUUUAGCAGAGGAUUCUGUGUUGCUGUCAAUUUUACAUGAAGUUGAAUUAUUAGCAGCGUUGGGUGCAAAUGAACAAACCAUGCGUAGAGGUGUAAAUGCGCACCCUGAACUUCCAGCUGCUUUAUAUCAUUUGAUACGUCUUGUUCGUAUUUGGACUGGCUCACCAUCACUACACGAGAAUGUUGCACCACCCACUUCUGGAUUUGUCUAUUCUCUGGAAGCACUAUCCGAAGAUGAAGAUGCAGAAGAGGAAGAUAAUGAGGACAGUGAGAGGAAUCCUAUAACACAAGAACAAUUAGCAGCCGCAUUACAGGCAGCAACAGAGGCGGUGUCCUCGUCAACUCCUCGAGGUAAUGGGCAUGAGAGCCUGGUGCGGCUGCUUCAAGCUGCUGAACAACCAACUCGCAGUACAUCAUCUGUACCAGAGACAAACACGCCAACCGCAUCAGGCACAAAUCGUACAGUAAUAACACCGGAAAUGUUCAGAGACGCUAUUUGGGAUGCAAUUGCAACUAACAGAGGUAGUAGUGCUAGAGAACCUACUAGUACACCGAUGGAACAGAGCACUGCAGCCUCAUCAUCACAAAGCCCUGCAGUACGGGAUGAAGAAUAUGCAACUCAACUGCAUCGUAUGCACGAAAUGGGCCUCCUAAAUGAUGCUCUCAAUCUUAGAGCUUUGCUCAUUUGUUCAGGUGAUGUAAAUUCUGCAAUAAACUUGGUGUUUAGUGGCGCUAUCGAAGACGAAUAAUUUAUUUGAUUAUAUAUGACCUGUGUAAUUAUAAUAUCCUAAUUAAUGCAUGUACACGACGGAAAGCCAUUUUAUAUGUGAUGUCAAAUUUGACUAUAUUAUUACUAAUUCACUACCAAGGAUUGUUCACUGUAAUAGGCAUUGUUAAUGGCUAAUGACAAACAUAAAAUAAAUUAUAUA